AUGAGGUGGAUCCUGUUCUUUGGGGCCCUUGUUGGGCCCGGCGUCUUCUGCCGAGAAAAGUUUUUCGGGGACCAAGUCCUUCGGAUUAAUGUCAGGAAUGGAGAGGAGAUCAACAAAGUGACUCAGCUCAUGAAUUCGGACAACUUUAUGCUCAACUUCUGGAAACUCCCCAAUACCUUCAAUCGCCUCAUGGAUGUCCUAGUCCCAUCUGUCAGCCUGCAGCCAGUCAAAUCCUUCCUGCAGUCCCAGGGCUUAGAAUACUCCGUGGCAAUUGAUGACCUGCAGUCCCUUCUAGAUGACGAAGUUAAGGAGAUGCAGUGGAUCGAAGGGAAGGAGCGGAGCGGUGAUGAUUUCAACUAUGGGGCCUACCACUCUCUGGAAGCUAUUUACCGGGAGAUGGACAACAUAGCGACAGAGUUCCCUGACCUGGUGACCAGAGUGAAGAUCGGACAUUCCUUUGAGAACCGGCCUCUGUAUGUAUUGAAGUUCAGCACCGGAGCAGGGAAGCAGCGGCCAGCCAUCUGGCUGAACGCAGGCAUCCAUUCCCGAGAGUGGAUCUCCCAGGCCACAGGCAUCUGGACGGCGAGGAAGAUUGUCUCCGACUACAUGAAGGACCCAGCCCUCACCUCCAUCCUGGGGAGAACGGACAUUUUCUUGCUGCCUGUGGCCAAUCCUGAUGGCUAUGUGUACACCCAAACCAAAAACCGGUUCUGGAGGAAGACACGCUCCCAAAAUCCCGGGAGCCGUUGCAUUGGUGCUGAUCCAAACAGAAACUGGAACGCCAGCUUUGCCGGUCAGGGAACCAGCGACAACCCCUGCUCUGAAGUGUACCAUGGGCCCCAUGCCCAUUCGGAAGUGGAAGUGAAGUCAGUGGUAGACUUCAUUCAAGAACACGGGAACUUCAAAUGCUUCGUUGACCUGCACAGCUACUCGCAGCUGCUGAUGUAUCCCUACGGAUACACGGUCAACAAAGCCCGGGAUGCGGAAGAGCUGGACAAGGUGGCGCGGCGUGCAGCCCAGGCUCUGGCUUCCCUGUCAGGCACCGAGUACCAAGUGGGUCCCAUCUGCACCACUGUCUACCCUGCGAGCGGGAGCAGCAUCGACUGGGCGUAUGAUAACGGCAUCAAGUAUGCCUUCACGUUCGAGUUGAGAGACACUGGCCAUUAUGGCUUCUUGCUGCCGGCCAGCCAGAUCAUCCCAACCGCGGAGGAGACUUGGCUGGGUCUGAAGACCAUCAUGAAGCAUGUGUGCGACCACCUCUACUAGACCAGGACCCCCCACCCCCACUCCACUUCCAUUUUAACCAAGCCCCCAGGUGCACACAGGCAAUGCCCGUCUUUGGAAUGGGGGUCCCUUCCUCCUCCUGCAACGCAGAGCCUCUGACCUUGUAAAGAACCCGGCAGCUGCUCUCCAGCCCUGGGUCCUGCAGGUGCGCCUGUGAGGAGCACCCUUCAGCCUCCCCCAGCCCCAGCUGGUGCCCUUCCUGCUAUCUUUAAGUCCUGCUGCUUGGCUGAGCCCUUAGCACAUUUCCUUCAGAUCACACAUGGAUCCUCCCCUCACUGGUGGUACACCUCCCUCGACUUUGUUUUGACAUCAAAGAACAUCUGCGAUGGGCCUCUACCUCCUCCACACCCACUCAAACCCAUAACCUUGGUCAGAUAAGGGGCUCACCAGAGGUGCCCAAGGACCCUAAGAUCGCCUUCUGAACUCAUUUCAGCAAGGAAGUAGAUGCCCUUAAGUUGACCAGCCUCACCUUCCGGAACACGCUUUCUUUAAGCAGAACAUCCUCCCAGGUCAUCAGUACGGGCUUUCUUUUUCUGGGGAUGGAGGGGCAGCCCGAUGCAAAGUCCAGGAUGACCUCCCAUGGCCGGGCCAAGAAUGCCUGGAUCCCACAGUCCUCCUGGGCAGCCCUGGGGGUGCAGUGAAAGCACUCAGCUGCUAAGCAAAUGGCCAGUGAUUAAAACCCACCAGCCGCUCUGUGGGAGCAAGGCUUGGCAGUCAGCAGAUGCCAGUGUUUCCCCUGGGAAACCCUCCCGGGCAGCGUCCUCCUAGGGACACGGUGAAGUGGGCCGGCUUUGAGGACUACGGGAUGGUUUUCCUUAGAGUUUGUAUCAUCGCCCCCCUUCAGGGGUGGGCAUUCCUGGGAUACCAGUUUGUAUCAUCGCCCCCCUUCAGGGGUGGGCAUUCCCGGGAUACCGGAGGGAAUGUCUGUCCCCUGAGGUCCUGGUCAGCCAGUCACUCCAAGUGAAGUGGUGCUGGCAAUAGGCAGGAUGCUGAAUGACCCCUGCCCACCCCACCCGGAGGACCCACCCGUCUGCCGUUUGAACUCACUUCAAAGAGCUUGCCCUCACCCCACAGGCCCUAAAUCACCCCCCUGUCGGGGAAGGUCACAUCUGGCGGCAUUCCUGCCAGGGCUCUGGCAUUCCCUGGCUGGUGCUUUUCUCUCGCUGGGGAGCACCUGGAGGAGCAGGGAUGCACCAGCUGGUUCUCCUUGUCCCGUUGCUCCUUCGACCUUUGCAGUGGGGUUUGUUUUUAGUUUUUCUCCACCUGUCUGCAGCUCCUAUCUCCCUGGCCUGGGGUGUGUGCGGCAU